UUGCCAUUUCUUCCAUCCUUUCUCAACUAAAGCAAUUAUAAGAGCAGCAUUCCAUCACUACAUCCCGCUUUACACCACAAUGCCAGAGGUUGCCGAUACGCGGGAUGUCGCAGUAGUUGCCGCCUGCUCAACUAUGCUGCUUUUUCAGCUUCAUGGUCCUCAUUUUUAUCAAUUACAACCGCUCGUAUACACCACUGAAGUGCAAAAAUAUCCCGCUGCUUAACCUAUCGUUUCUUAGUAAAUGGGUAUGGUGCUAUGGUUUGUGGGCGAUGUCUUUGCAAACCAUCCCGUCCCUGACACACACGUCAUGGGCCAUCUGCAUUGCGACAAUCUCGUGGCUGCGCAUGUCGCUCGGAAUGUUUGCCGUUGUGUGCCUGCUCAUUUUCCGCACCUUUGAGUAUAUUUGCAUUUUUGAGUACAAAAUCCGUGCCACUGGUCGCUACCUCUGGAUCCCACUUGCCACCAUGGCAACUGUCUGCUUGCUGUACGGGAUUCUCGCCACUGUGCUUCCCGAAGAGAAGGGCAUCCAGUAUGUGGCCGUGCUAAUCUCGCUGCUGGUUGUGUGUGCAGUAUUCACUUAUAUGGCGCGCGACAUCCAGUCGUCGUUUAAUGAGUUCAGAGAGCUGCUGGCCACGUUCUUUGUCACCAUCAUUGCCAUUUUGGUGCAGGUCAUUUUGCGCUGGGUGCCGAAUAUCUCGGGCAACGAGUUCGCAUACAACACACUGGUCACGCUGACCGACUUUAUCGUGUGCCAGGUCAAUUUUUACUUCUUGGCAUACUUGCGCUUCUUCUUGAAGAAGCUGCGUCGUGAGAACAACGAGUCGGUGUAUGAGAUUGCGAACGGUGCACAGAUGCAGCGCUGGAGCACUAGCCAUGAUCGGACGGACUCCUGAAGCUGAGAUGUACGACGAGUACUAUUAUUAUGAAAACAGCCCGGACCUAAUCGUCGAUGAUAGCGUGUUAAAAAUUCAGCACCCGCCCAGGGCGCUCGUUUAAACCUAGAUUCCCCUUCCCUUUCUGUACAUACUAUUUCCCGCAUGUAGUGCAUACACGUCUGUCCAAAUUGGCAAAUUUAAAAAUAAAAC